AUGCCGAUAGGCAACGCAGACGUCUACGGAAAUACAGUCAAAUUUUCAAUCUACGAUGUGCCGGGUUCACCUGAAUAUCAAUCUUUAGCGGCGGGGGUCUAUGCCGGCAUUGAAGUAGCCAUUCUCUGUUUCGACGUAACUAGUCAAGCAUCCUUCGACGGUCUCUCAGCUUGGAUUAGUAAAAUCAAUGCCGGACUGCCUCUAAAAGGCGUGAAAGUGCUGGUUGGUCUAAAGAAGGACAUGACACGACAGGUACAGUUGGAGACUGCUCGCAGCUUCGCGACUCAGAACGGUUAUGUGUACUUUGAGGCUUCCGCCAAAUCCGGACAAAAAGAUGUCAAUGAGGUCUUCUGCGUGAGCGCUGCCAAAGCACUCGACAUACCGGUGCCACCUCCACCAGAGCCCAAGCCAAAGGGAUCGCCCUGUUGCUGCUUCAUGUAA